UACAUUGACGAAUGUACCGAUGUACCAGAACAUUCCCUCCGACAACAAUGGGGAGAAAUGGUGAUGGACAUGCGGCAAUUGUGUGAUAGAGAUUGCGCGAAUGUCAUGAAGGGCAUCCCUAGUUGCCACGACGCCGUCCUGUACGAGAGGUUCAACGGCAACAUGUGGUCGCAGUUCUGUCAGUCGCACAGCAAUGCCACAACCUGUGUGAAGAAUUUGAACUGCGCGCUGGGUACAUCCAUGUUUAACAAGCUGCUCAGAUCAGAAGUGGAAGGCUUUGUUGCAAAUGUUUGCAUUAAUGAAUGCGCUAACCUUGACGAUACUUUGUUGUCUUUGGAGAGCUGUUUUCACUUCCUGAGCAGAUCAGGAACUCCGGGCGAUGACUGCAAACAAUAUUAUGCCUUCGAGAACUGCAUGGGCAGGUCUACAGUCGCCCCUUGCAAAGAAGUGGACGGCAUCCUGAACUUCUUGUCGCCUAACUUCACGUCACGAAAAGACAGAUGCACAACCACUACUAGACCAACAACAACAUCAACUACAACAACAACAACGACUACUACUACUACAACAACACCUACCACAACAACUACUUCCACGACGACCACCACCACUACGCCGUCCACUACGACUACUGAAUUGACUACAACUAUUCCAUCCACGGAAGAAACGACAUCAACUAGUACAGCAUCAUCAUCAUCAUCAACAACAACAUCAACAACUACGACGACGACGACGACGACGACCACGACGAUGACUCCUCCUCCCGCCACGACAUUGGAAACAACCAUCGACAUCCCUGAUAUUUCAGCCUGUAUAACUCUAAACCUCAUGAAAGCUAUUAACGCUUCUAUACAAAAAAACAACGCUACAUCGCCUGAAGAUAACUCCGGACUCUGCGUGGAGAUCGUUGGGCUGGCAUCCUGCCUCACGUCCAGGUGCCCCACCCUGAAGGAACUGUCCCGCUGUCUGCUGACCCUACCCCCCAGCGUCCGACGUCACGUGGACCAGACCCUCCCGCACUGCCGACCCCACAUACAGAAGGUCCACGAGGAGAUGGUGGACUACAGGGCGCUGUCCAGCAACACCCAUAGACGAUACUUUAACAUUACGUGUACACGAGCAUCCGGAGCUUCAACUCGAGAGACGACAGCAACUAUGCUCUUCGUAACGCUGAUGACGUCAUUCCUGAUAAUGGGUAGACUGUAAAGCUAGGACCUGGAAACCGUGGACACUCAGAAAAAAACUAUUCAGCAGCUUUCAGCCCCACGCCAAACAAAAAUACGUCCCUCGUUUAUGGUCAACAUAUUUCGUUUACAUCUUGGAUGAUUCACAAAAUUCUACACACUUUUUUGAAAUUUAUUUGAUUUGGAUCAGUAUGAUUUGAAAUGUUUUUAAAUUUGAAAAUAGCACAUUGUGGUU